UGUGUGACACCAAAACAUUGCCGAGUUGGCAAGAGUUGAACCUUGUGUUAUUUUGCCCAGGAAAUACCCAGAGGAGCACUUUCCUGCUGCUGGUGCCGUGGUAUCAUGUAGUGACCACCUGACGAAGCUCUGCGUCAGCACAAUAAUCAUGUCUUGGAUAGGAGUGAAUCUCAACGAUAGACUUAGCUCACUGAAGGGCCAGCUGGCUAACCUGACGAGGGAGGUGCUGGCUGAGGGACUGGAAGAUGUGGAAGAUAAUGGCACGCAAGUAUUAGUGUCCACGGAUCGCAUGAAGGAGCUCGAAACUCUUUGCCAACUCCAGAAACAUGAACCACACGGACACACUCAGGUUGAGGAAUGUAAGCGGAGUCAAGCGGAGGUGGAGGAGCGACUGCAAGCUUCCAACCUGCACAGUGCUCACCAGGUCAACCUUCUCCGCCAGCAGCUGCAACAACGUGAAGAUGAGCUCAGGGCUCUGAAAGAGAAGAGCUCUGAGUGGGGUUGGGAGGCUGGUGACUCUCUCUCAACACAAAACCACACCCUCAACCAUGAGUGGGCAGAUGGCCUCCAUAACUCUGAGUCUCACAACCACCACCUUCAGCCACAGCAGAAAAAUAAGCAAGGCUGGCAGGAUCAUCUCAACCAACAGUUGUCAAGACGAGUGGAAGAACUAGAGGAGGAGCUGCGAACUCUGAAGGACACCCAUCAGGAUGACGUUGCUACCCUGCAGGAUCAGCACCGUCUCCAGUUACUGGCUCUUCGUCACUCAGGUACAUGCGAGGCUGGCGACGCUGCUGGUGGCGACGCUGGUGGUGGGGAGGCUGCUGGUGGCGACACUCACUUCGCGAAGAGUGAUGAUGGGUUGUCAGAAGGUAUUGGUGGUGCCACUGGCGAUGGCAGUCGAUGCAGUAAUAACAGCCAGGGAACACAGCUGGAGAGACAGCUGGAGAGGGAGAAAGAUGAGCUCAGAAACUGCGUCGUUGAACUCCAGAAGCAGCUGCAGGAAAGUGAUCGAAAGGCUGGAACUGCACAGGAGUUGGAGGAAAGAUUGUCUUGUGUGAUGGCAGAGUGUGUGGCACUGCAUGCAGAGAAGGAACAGUAUGGUAAAAAUUUGGAAGAGUUGGAUACUCAACAUCAAGCAGCAAUUGAACAAGUAUUGAAGAAGAAAAACCAGGCUAAUGAGGAGGCACAGGUGAUGAAGGCAGCCCAUGAGCAAGUAACUCAACUAGUGGCAGAGCUACAGGCAGACAAGGCCAGACAGUAUGAGGAGAUGCAACAGAUGCAGGCUGAACUGUUACUCUUUAAGGAAAAAGAGGAAGCUUCCUUUUCUGCUUUCAAAAUAGAGCUUGAAUCAUUAACUCGAGAGAAAGACGAAGUGAAAGCCAGUCUUGAUGAAAAGUCUACCUCACUGUCACGUCUUGAAGAAGAGAUUCAACGCAUGUCUAAAGAGAAGCAGCAGUUGCUCUUAGAAAAAACUAAACUUGAGGAUGAAUUUAGCAUUGUUAGAAAAAAGAUUAAAUUAGAAAAUGACCAAGAUAAGCAAAAUUCUAAGAUCCAGGAUGAAUUGAGGCAUUUACAGAAAAAACAUGAGGAGGAACAAAACACUACCAUACAGCUCAAAGUUACUCUAGAGAAAAUGGAGGGUGAACUUCAGCAGUUGAGAUCAUCAGAGGCUAAUCUGAUGGAGUUAUGUAAAGUCUCUGAGGAGAAGAGAACUAUAGCUGAAGCAGAAACUACAAGUCUUCAUAAACAGCUUGAAAAUCUUACUGAAGAAAUGUUAAAACUCAGCAAAACUGCAGCACACAACGAAGUCAUUCAUGAUGCCAACAAGGAAGAGGAGAAGAAACUUGAAGAAAAGCUUGUAGGAUUAGAAACUGUAAAGAAUAACUUAGAACAAGAAUUACAGAACAAAUCUCAGGCUUUUGAAGAUGCUCUAACUGGAACAGAGAUGCUGGAAUCUGAGCUACAAGCUAAAGUCCAAGAAAUUACAAUGUCCAAUACAAGAAUAGCUGAACUUGAAGAUAAAAUAAAGCACAUAGAGAAUGAUCUGUAUAUUCUUAAAAAAUCACGAAAGGAAGAGAUGGAUGAAGUAAAGAAGUCUCUGGUCCACGACACUCAGGAGGUGCCCAAGAAUGUGAAAGGUGGUAUCCAUAGACUUGCAGAACUUCUUCGUGAAUCUGUGUGGCAGAGAGAUACUCUAGAGCGACAUGUUUCCACAAUCACCCAGGAGCUCAGAGAGAAGAAUGAACAGCUUAAUGAAGCAGAAGCAAAUCGGAAUGAUCUUGAGAGAGAAUGUGAAGAUCUUAGAGACCAACUUGAAGAGAUACAAAAGGGAGUGCGGCCUCCACCUGAAGGUAGCAGUAGAGGACUCCCUACCAUUGAAGAGGAGAGUGAAGGAGGUGCAGAGGGAGAUGCUGAUGGUGAACAGGUAGAGGAAAGUCAGGAGGUGAAGGUACUUGAACACUGUGAGUCCUCAGAACGUGAGAGAUCGAGUGAGAUUGAAGCGUUGCAGGCACAAGUAGAAGCAUUGUCAGAAGCCAGAAGAAAUUUAGAAACAGAAGUAGCCAACAUAAGAGCUGAGCGUGAAACCCUGCAGGGGCAACUUAGAGAAGCAGAGGGACGCACUGGAAACUUGGUUAAUUUAGAAACAGAAGCAGCAACUUUGAGAACUGAGAAGAAAACUUUAGAGACGAGGCUGGCAUCAUUAAUGCAACAGUUGGACCUGGAAACUGUCACUCUUCAGGAUGAACGUGACACAUUCAAGGAACAAGCAGAUGCAGUGCAUGAACAACUCAAGUGUUUACAAGCAGAGAUGGCUCUCUUGCAGCAUGAAAGAGGAUCGAUUGGUCAGCAGUUGCUCAAUCAGUAUCAGAUUGUAGAAGACAGAGAUGCCACAAUCAGAGGCCUUGAAAAUGAGUUGCAUGAUCUAAAAUACAAAAUAAGUGAGAAUUUUGGGGCUGCUAAUUCUGCAACAGACGCACUAGCCCACUGCCAAGAAAAAACAACUAAAUUACAGGAAGAACUGGACUGUAUUAAAUCACAACUUAUAUUCAAGGAGGACAAGAUUGAUGUAUUAUCACAAGUGUUGGAGGAUGUUGGUCAGAUUUUUCAGGUAGAUUUGAAAGAUGUUGAUAGAAUAAACAAACAAAUACAAGAUAAAUACACAUCACUGGAAAAUGCUUUGAAAGAAAAGGAGAAGAAAAUAGAGGACUUGUCAAAAACAAAGGAUGAUUUACUAGGUGAAUUAAAUUUGUUCAAGAAACAAAACUCAGAAUUUGAAACUGAAAGUAUAACAAGAAUAGCAGAAAAAGAAAAGGAAUUAAAUUCUUUGAGGGAACAACUAGACAAAAAUGAGAUGGAGGUUUUCCAGUUACAAGAAAAAAUAGCAGAGUUUUCAAGAGAAAUUAACAGGAAAGAUCAAAAUAUUGUUUCGCUACAAGAAGAGUUGAAUAGUGUCAAGCUGGAAAAGAAGGAUGCCUUUUUAAAUCUAAGCCAGAGGGUAGAGGAACUGACCAGAGUUAAUGAGGCAAAUGGGCAGUUGAUAAGCUCUCUUGCCCAUGAAAAGGAGUUGGUUUUAAAUUUGCAGUCCGAAAAUGAUCAGCUGAAGAUGAGUCAAGAGCAACAAGUGUCAGAACAAAGCAACAUGACAGUGAUCUUAAAUUCAAAGGAUAAAGAGAUAAAAGAUAAUGAGGCAAAAAUUUCUUUGCUUGUGAAUCAAAUUGAUGAGCUUGAGAGAGAGAAAACUGAACUGAUAGCUUUAGAAAGAGAAACUAGUAAUUUAGCAAGUGACAAUGAAGAUUUAAGCAAAAGAGAACAAGCACUGCGCGAUGAGAACGUAAAGAUGUCACAGGAAAGAUUAUCUUUGCUUCAAGACAGAGAAAAGUUAAGCCAGGAGGUACAAGAGCUGGAGUUAGGAAAGAACACUGCCCUUCAACAACUCAGCAGCCUUCAGGCAGAAAGAGACCAAAUGAUUGCAGCAAUCACACAAAAGCACCAAGAAAGUGUCUCCUACCAUACUGAAAUCCAGCGACUGACUCGAGUUCUUACUCAGACAUCUCAACAAUAUAAUGAGGACAAAGCUUCAAUGUCAUCACAGCUUAACAAAAGUGAGACAGCCCUGACUGAGACUCGAGCACAGCUUGAGAGGCUCCGGGAAGAACUUGGCUCUGUGAAGCAAGUUGAAAGUGAACUUCAGCAAAAGGUUGCAGAAGGAUUUGUACAACAAGCUGAGCUUAUUGGUUUGCAUAAAGAAAUAGAGUUAUUACGAGCGAAGCUGGCAGCUGUGGAGCAAGAAAGAGAUCAGCUUCGUAUUGCAAAUUCACGCUUCAAUUCUCAAUAUCAAGACCAGAGCAAAGAGCUGAAUACUAUCCGAGAGAGGGAGAGCCGGCUUGCAACAGAGUGCGAACGUUUGCGGCAGCACCUGGUAGCAGUGGAGGAGUCAUACACUGCUGAAGCCUUGAAAGCUGAGGAACGAGAGGCCAUGCUGCGCUCCACACUCACAAAGAUGGAAGAAAAACUCAAUAAUCACUCAAAUUUCUUUAGCACUGCCAACCAGCGAGCAAGUGUUCAGGUCGAGACUUUGCAAUCACAGCUUCGUGAUCUGACGGCCAAGAGAGAUGAUGCUGUUCUUCGUUUACAAACAGCUGAAGAAAUUGCAGAGCAACACCAGCAAUCUUUAGCUACACUGCAGCAGGUGUUGCAAGAUUUCCAAAAGAAUCAGGUGCGUGAAAUAGCGGAGGCCACAGAGAGAACAAGGCGGCAGCUGGAAGAGGAAAAGGAAAAAAACUCCUCACUCACAGUGCAGAUAAAUAAUUUAAAGAGUCAGCUAACAGAGGUUGAGAGCGCCUUGGCAGCAGCAUCAAGACUCGGAGAACAGCUGAUGAAGAAGGAACAGAUGAUCACUGCUCUCAAGGCACAAGUGACAUCCCAGGAAGAGGUUGCCCGCAAGGCACGUGACGAAGUUAUUUGUCUUAAGUCGUCCUCAGACGCAAAGGUUGAUAAACCCCUUCUACGUAAUCUGCUUGUGGGUUACUUUGCAACCCCAGCAGACAAACGUCAAGAAGUACUCAGAAUUAUUGCCGAGGUGUUGGACUUUUCUGGGGAGGAGCGUUCUCGAACAGGACUGGACAUGCAUGGAACUUCAUGGCUAUCAUCAAUAGCAAACUUCCUUGCCCCACCAGCUAGUAAUGUCCGUGUUACAUCAAAAGUUGAUGUUCUGGACCAUACAUCCCUCUCUCAAGCAUUCAUCAGAUUCCUGGAGGAUGAAUCCAACCCACGGCCCCAGGCUCGCCUCCCAGCUGUUCAGAUGGCUCAGCAGACCACUGAGAAAGCAGAAAAGAAAGCUCAAGCCAAGGCUCAAGCUGCUAGUAAAAUCAAUCCAUUCAUCAGCAUUGGAGAGACAACACAGUCUAACACUGAAUCAGGAUCGAGAAAUUCCUCGCCUCUCCUGGCUGCCGCUUCUACUCCACCAACGUUACCCACUAUUACACCCCAGGAGCCUACAUCCCCUUCAGUUAUGAUUGCACCAACUAUUGCUACUCCCAGUACAGUGAUGGCCACCCCAGGUGUUUCAUCACCAAUGUCGACAAAUAAGUACUUGAGUAACCUCUUAACCUCUGAGCAGAGUGGAAAAGUUGAUGAAAAUGCCAACAAAUAGUUUGGUUAAAUUAUUGGGAUAGUAAUUUUAUUUGUAAAUUUGUAUGAUAAGGAUUUAGCAUGCUGUUUUUCUCCUCUUGUUAUUGUGGUAUAAAAAGAUUAUAAAUAAAACUCGAUACAUAA